AAAAGGUCGUUUGACGAGAAGAAAAUACCUGCUUCGCGUUGCUAACCAACGCAUCCCCUAUUCCCAGAAAUACACUCAGUUCCAUCCACAGUACUUGGCGAAAAUGGGUGGACAAGGACGAGAAGGCGGAAAAGCGAAACCGCUCAAGGCUCCCAAGAAGGAGAAGAAGGAACUCGAUGAGGAUGAAAUUGCGUUCAGAGAGAAGCAGAAAGCUGACGCCAAAGCCAAGAAGGAGCUGGCGGAAAAGGCAAAGGGCAGAGGCCCGAUGAACUCGGGACAACAGGGAAUCAAGAAAUCUGGGAAGAAAUAGAACACGAGGGAGCAACCAGCAUAAAUACACGCUAUUUCCUAUGUACACUUGCAAUCCAUUAGCAACCAACGACCAGUUCGAUUCGACCAAACCGGGAGGGGGUAUAUGAGGGAUGAGCGUUAGCCUUUGCUGUGUAUGCGAAAAACCUACAUUCACGAAUAAACGAAGCAGUCCGAGAUAUGGAGUGAUGGAUAACAACAUGGCGUUCUCUAUGUUCUUGCGAGAUACCCACCCGCGUUCAACACCGGCUUUCGAUGCUGAUGGCAGGGUUUCUUUUGCAAAAUGAGAUAUAUAUUUUUGUUGUUUCUAAAUUUUGAAUGUCUCAUGUCCGGGACGUCCACAUCACGUCUAGAGAAUCAUAUUGAUAAGAAAAGAAAAAAAAUAGAAAAGCACAUCGG